GUUAUCAGCAACAGUGAUGUCAGACAUUCAUCUGGUUGCAGGUGGGAAUUAGCUGAAUUCCCCAGGCCUGAGGAUCCUGUUUCUGACCCCGUCUUCCUAGUAAAUACAUUCUUCGAGCACUGAUGUAACUAGAAUCUGUUUUUAUUAUUCCUUUGCAUGAUGUGGGGUUGCGGCAUGAUGACACAGUUCAUGUCAGAGUAAAAACAGCUUUCAGAGGCGCUGUGUAAUCAUAAUUAUGGGCCCGAAUUGGGGGGUGUAGGGCACUCCCACCACCAGCGAAGCUACAUGAAAGCUUCAUGCUUCACGGCUCUCAGAUUGCAGUUCUCAGUUUGGUAUAAAAGGUUUUGGACUCCACACUGAUCAGAGAGAAUGAUGGGUGACUUUAAAUAUAGUGUUACUGCAGCUGCAAUCAACCUGGCAGAUGAUGCACCAUGGAAGAAGAUUCAGAAGAACACCUUCACGCGCUGGUGCAACGAACACUUGAAGUCUGUGGAGCUGCAGAUCUGCGAUCUUAAGUUCGAUCUGAGCGAUGGCCUCAUCCUUAUCUCGCUGCUGGAGGUCCUGAGCCAUAAGAGGAUGUUUAGAAAGUACCACACACGACCAACCUUCAGACAGCUCAAGCUAGACAAUGUUUCGGUGGCUCUGGAGUUUUUGGAUCAUGAAAAAGUUAAGUUGGUGUCUAUAGACAGUAAGGCCAUAGUGGACGGGAACUUGAAGCUGAUCCUGGGUCUAGUGUGGACCCUGAUACAGCAUUACUCCAUCUCCACCCCAGUGUGGGAGGAUGAGGCAAACGAAUCUGUCUCCAAAAAGACUCCAGAGAUGAGGCUUCUGGGAUGGAUCCAAAACAAAGUCCCUGAGCUGCCCAUAACUAACUUCAGCCAGGACUGGCAGGACGGCAAGGCCCUUGGUGCAUUAGUGGAUGGACUGGCACCAGGCUUGUGUCCUGACUGGGAGAGCUGGGACACGGUGCAUCGGGUGAGUAACACUAAAGAAGCCAUGCAGCAAGCUGAUGAUUGGCUUGGAAUUCCACAGCUCAUAGCCCCAGAGGAGAUUCUUGAUCCAGCUGUGGAUGAGCAAUCAGUGAUGACAUACCUCUCACUUUUCCCCAAAGCCAGACUGAAACCUGGAGCUCCACUCAAGCCAAAGAAAGUGCCUAAACCCAAAGCCUGUCGUGCCACAGGACGGGGACUGCAGUCCAAAGGCAUGAGAGUAGGUCAGCUGGCCCAGUUUAAGGUGGACACCCACAAAGCUGGGCCUGGAAAUCUGGAGGUCAAUAUUAGAGAUCCCAAUGGUAAGGAAGUGGCUGUUACACAGAAGGACGCACAUGAAGGUAUAUAUACCUUUGAAUAUACACCCACUGAUACAGGAGAUCACACAGUGGAGAUCACUUGGGUUGGUCAGCACAUUGCCAAGAGCCCAUUUAAAGUCCAUGUUGGUUCAAAAGCUGGGCCACAGAAGAUCCGGGCAUGGGGACCAGGACUGGAGGGAGGGACUGUGGGUUUGUCAGCUGAUUUCUUAGUGGAAUCCGUUGGUGCAGAUUCUGGCAUGCUGGGUUUUGCCAUUGAAGGUCCAUCUCAGGCAAAGAUUGAGUGUGAUGACCAUAAUGAUGGCUCCUGCCUUGUGCGGUUCUGGCCAACUGAGGCCGGUGAGUAUGCUGUACACGUAAUGUGUGAUGAUGAAGAAAUCCAGGACAGUCCCUUCAUGACCUCCAUCAGACCUAAGAGAAAAGACUUCCACCCUGAAAAGGUGAAAGUAGAAGGACCAGGUGUUUCCCAAACUGGCUGCAUAGUGAACCUUCGAGCCGAGUUCACAGUAGAUACCAGGCGAGCUGGUGAGGGAGAACUCAAAGUUUAUGCUCAGAGAGCAGAUGGAGAGUUUGUAGAUGUCAUUGUUGCUUCUGAACAGUCUGGUGUAUUUGUCUGCUCCUACAUCCCUUCAUCGCUCUCCAAACACACCAUUGCUGUGACUUGGGGAGGAGUCAUGGUUCCCAGCAGUCCUUUCAUUGUGACACCUCGCAGGAUUAAGAUUACACCAUGUAGCCCAGUCUGGUUUAAACCAGAUGGAUCGGAAAUUUAUUACUCUGAUGACGAGAUGGACCUUGAUGAAGACUUUCCAGAGAACGUACGGCCUGGUGGCCAUGGAGAGCUUGUUAUGAACAUAGUUAGCCCAUCAAACAUCCAAACCGAUGCCACAAAGGUAAGGGCUCAUGGUCCAGGCCUAAAGGAAGGUUUUCUUGGAGAACAGGCUGAAUUUAUCAUUGACACAAGCAGAGCAGGCAGUGGAAGACUUGCCAUAAGAGUGGAUGGACCCUGUGAAGUUACACUACAAUGUCUGGACAAUCAAGAUGGCACUUGUACAGUGUUUUACCUUCCCACAGAGCAUGGGAUGUACAAAAUAAAUGUCCUUUUUGACAACUCUCACAUAACUGGCUCUCCAUUCCAGUCUGUUAUACAGAAGCGGAUUGACUCCUCUAAGGUUUUGGUAACAGACCUUGAUCUGCUACAGGGGAGAGUCGGUGAACCUUGUAUUGUAAAUAUAAACUGUCCAAUGGCAGGAUCUGGAGCUCUAUCUGUGCAGGCUGUCUCCGACUCAGGAGUCAUUGUCCAGACCGAAGUGAAGGAGAACGAAGAUGGCACCUACACAGCUGUUUAUGUGCCUCUAACUGGAGGCGUAUAUACGCUGCUUCUGAAAUAUGGAGGAAAGGAGGUGCCCUUUCGUAAAAUUAUGGUGAAUCCAAAGGUCUACAAAAGCCAUGUAAAAGUGAGCAGACAAGGUGAAAAGACUCGUAUAGGCGUUGUGGUUAGUGAUUGGGAAACUGAUACAUGUCAAGUGGUUGCAAAUGGUUUGGGUCUCCAAAAGGGCCUGACUGGACAUCCUAAUGUGUUUCAUGUAAACGCCAGAUCUUCAGUUGAUGAUCUGGACAUAACAGUGGAGGGUCCGUCUGAGUGUCAGGUGACAUGUAAAGUCAGCGGUGAAGGCAUGUAUAAUGUGGAAUAUACUCCUUCAGUGUCUGGUGACUAUAAGAUCACCAUUACCUGUGGAGAGAACCACAUUCCAGGAAGUCCAUUUAUUGCAUCAGUGAAGGAUGUUUCAAGUACUGCAGACUCUGGAGUCUGUCUGCAGUCAGGGAUUUGUGUAUCUACAAAUACGGAUACUCAUAUGCCAGAGAUCAAAUACAGUGGAGAUGGGAUUUACAGAUCAAGUCCACCUCCAUCAAUGGAAGACGCAGAUUCCUUCAUAGAUCCUCAGAGACCUUGUGGAAGCAGCAGUCCCAUCCAAGCACUGCUUAAUUGUGACCGUAAUACAGAGCUUCCCUCAGCUCAUGGUGGGGAUAUGGCAGAGGUUAUUGUUCCUGGUUUUAAAGGUGGAAUCUGUGGUAGAACCCCCCAGAGUUUUAGGAUUGACUGCAGUAGCAGUGGAGAGACACCAGAGACUGUUGCUGUGGUGAGACCUGAUGGUUCCAUAGAGCUUCUGGAGGUGACAGACAGUGGAGACGGCAGUUAUACUGUUGUCUAUUUGCCCACCAUGGAUGGCUGUCAUUUAUUAAUGGUGAAAUUCACUAAUGAUGAGAGCUUUAAUCGAUAUAUAUAUAUAUAUAUACUAGAUUAUAUUGUUUAUUUUGAUGUAUCAGGUCCAGGUCUAACAUCAGGGAUGUGUGCCUGGCGUCCUCAAACAUUUACUGUCGACUGCACCUGCACAAGAAAAGUUCCACAGUUUGUUGCCAUAAUGACACCAGAUGGCUUGACUGAGACAAUAGAGGUUGAAGACAACGGCGAUUGGACAUACACUGUGAACUACACUCCUUCAGUGGAAGGGAUUCAUUCUUUGAUGGUCAAAUAUGCUGAAGACGAUUCCUUUUGCAGUCCUUUCCAUUUUCACGUGUUGCCUGUGCCUAAUUCUGAUGAUAAACACUGUGGAGGUAAAGGCUCUAGGAAUGGUACUGCAGUUUUGGGAUUGGGCUUAGAGGCGCAAGUGUGUGUAAACACUCCUCAGACCUUCGCAAUCAAUGGCAGUAGCACUGGAGAGCCACCAGAGACUGUAGCUGUUGUUACACCUGAUGGAAAAAUCAAGCUAUUAAAAGCAAAAGACAAUGGAGAUGGAACGUACUUGGUGUCGUACUCCUCUUCUGCUGAAGGAUCUCACUCAAUUAUGGUCAAAUAUACCAGUGAUGAUUCUUUUAGAAGUCUUCUCAGGUUUCAUGCAAUACCUUCUCACUCUGGUAGCAGUGUUAAAGAUGUCUUAAACAAAGAGGAACUUUCGAGUCAGGUGGGAAGUGUCCACGCUAAGGCUCCUCAGAUAUUUGCUAAUGGCUGCAGUGUGGCACCAGAGACUGUCACCACAGUGAAAGCAAAUACUCCGAACCGUUCAAUCAAACUUGCAGGUGUGAUGGACAAUGAGGACAGAACUUGUGCACCAAAUAUGGAGGGCUGUAAUUCUGUAAUGGAUAAAUACAGCAGUGAAGAAUCUUUAAGAAGCCCCUCUGAGUUCCCGGAAGACUUGACAGUUGGACAUACAGAACCAAAGAUUUGUGCUCAAAUUCCUCAGUCGUUCAAAAUCAACUGCAGUAAAUCUGGGAUGCCCCCUGAGUGUGUGCUGAUGAUCACCCCCAAUGGAAAGACUGAACUGACAGAGGUUAAAGAAAACGCAGAUGGGACUUACUCUGUUAAAUAUUCUCCGAACAUAGAAGGUCUUCAUUCAUUGAUGGUCAAAUAUGCUGAUGAUGAGUCAUAUUGCAAUCCUCUGAGAUUCCAUGUCCUGCCUCACUCUGCUAUGAAGGAUCAACAUGUAACAAAUGCAACUGAGGUUUGUGGUGGACAAUUAAAGGAAGAUGUCUGUGCUCAAACUCCUCAGACUUUCACAACUUGCUCCAACACUAGUGAGGCCCCGGAGAUUGACCUUAAGAAAGCCGAUGGCAGUACAAAACUUGUUAAAGUGUUAAAUAAUGAGAACAAGAUCAGUGCUGCAAAGCACUCGCCCUCCGCUGAAGGCUCUCACUCCUCAGCUGUCAGAAAUCCCAGUGAGGAGGAUUUUCAAAGUCACCAGCCGUCAUCCUCAUUCAAACCUCAAGGUUUUCAAAACAAGGUUGAGGGCAGAAAUGUAAUUCCUCUUGGUGCCAUUAAUCAAGCAGGGUUUCUAUCAUGUGAUAUAGUCAUGCCAUCAGACUUAAGUGAAGGUGAAAUUACAGGUAAGGUGAUCACGCCGUCUGGAAAGACAGCACAGCCCAGCGUGAUUGAUAACAAAGACGGUACCAUCAUUCUAAAGUUUGAUCCUUCAGAAGAGGGUCUUCACCAGCUACUUAUUAAAUCAUCCAGAGAUGAUCUACCAGAACUUCCACUGCAGUAUUAUGCAAAUAGUCUUGCUAAUCACAGCACUAUGGCCUAUGGACAUGGCCUUGUGUAUGGAAUUGCAAAUGAGACGGCAACAUUCACCAUCUGUCAGGAAGAUUCAGCCUCCAGUGAGCUGGACAUCACAAUUGAGGGCCCAUCUGAGGCAGAUGUGCGCUGCUUGGACAAUGAAGAUGGCACUUGUACUGUGAGCUACUUCCCAACUGAGCCUGGAGAUUAUGAGAUCCAGAUUCAAAAUGAUGACGUGCCUAUCCGAGGGAGUCCCUUCAAGUCCAGAAUUGCUGAUGGAAAUGUGAGAAGGUCACAGGUAAAACUAGGCAGUGCGGUUGACUUUACCCUGGACAUCACUGAAGAAGAUAUAAGCCAGCUCUCCGCCAGCAUCAUGUCACCCGCAGGCAAUAAUGUACCCUGUUUGCUGAAAACACAACCUGACAGCCAUCUUGGUGUAUCAUUCAUCCCCAGAGAGGCUGGGGAGCAUCUGGUCAGCAUCAUGAAGGACGGUGAGCAUGUGAACAACAGUCCCAUCUCUUUUUCCAUCAGUCAGGCGGAGAUAGGAGAUACCAGUAACGUGAAGGCCUUCGGCCCUGGCUUACAUUCAGGGCACACCUUCUGCACAUCUGAAUUUGUGGUUGACACUUGGGAUGCAGGAUAUGGUGGACUAACAGUUGUAAUUGAGGGUCCCAGUAAAGUAGAUGUUUACACUGAGGAGCUGGAGCAUGGAACCUGCAAUAUAUCGUACUGUCCAAUCAAGGCUGGGAAUUACAAAAUCUCCAUUAAAUUCUCAGAUGAACACAUUCCAGGGAGUCCUUUUAUGGCUGUGGUGACAAACCGUGGGCUUAUGAGAGAGAACGUCACGUACAACCAGAAAGCAGCCGCUAUUGCCAGCAUUGGGAGUGAAUGCAGCUUAGCCUUCAAAAUCCCAGGUACUGAUGCUGAGACUCUGUCUGCUUAUGUGCAUGAGCCCUCGGGAAGUCCAGGAAAGGCUGUUGUUGUUGCCACAGGCAGGGACACCUAUGCAGUGAGCUUUCUAGCUAAAGAGAUGGGAGUUUAUAAUGUGACUGUAAAUAACCAAGAUCAGACAAUCCCUGGUUGGCCACUGCAAUACACCGUCGGCCCACUUGGACAGGGAGGAUGUGAAAAGGUCCAGGUGUGGGGGCGAGGCCUUCAAAAAGCUCUAGCAAGUGUUCCAGCUGACUUUAAUAUUUGGUCCCGUGAGGCCGGAGCGGGAACUCUGUCUGUCUCAGUAGAGGGUCCUGGAAAGAUUGAGCUCCACUUUGACGAUCAGCUGGAUGGUUCUUGCAUUGUGUCCUACACGGCUCAAGAGCCUGGUGACUAUGAGGUUUCAGUCAUGUUUGAUGAGGAGCAUGUUUCUCAAAGCCCUUUCUAUGUGUCUGUCAGUGCUGCCACAGAUAAGAGUCUCACACAAGGACAAAAUGGCUCUGUCAUAUAUCAUAAUCAGAUGUGUAACAGCUCUGAGGAACCUUCUCUGUCAGACAUGGAGAUAAACACAUCAUCUGACAGCAGUGCUGAGCCAGUUUUACUGUCUGAUGCUAGUAAAGUCAUCUGCCAUGGCCCAGGCCUGAGUAAGGGCUUUCUAGGAUGCAAAAACACUUUUUAUGUGGACUGCAGUAAAGCUGGACGAAACCUUCUCUUUGUUGGCAUGCAUGGCCCCACCGUCCCCUGCGAGCGGGUGUCAAUCAUUCACAUGGGCGGACAUCAGUACAGGAUCAACUAUGCUGUGAAAGAAAGAGGAAAAUACAUAUUAGCAGUGAAGUGGGGAGAUGAACACAUCCCAGGAUCUCCAUUCCAUAUUACUGUUCUGUGAAAUACCUUCAUUUAUGUAUGUGUGUGUACACACUACUGUUCAGAAGUUCCAGGUUGGAUGCACUUAAUCAGAAAUGCAGUAAAAACAGCAAUAUUGUGGAAUAGUUAUUACAUUUUAAAACUUUUUUUUAUUUUCAUAUAUGUGACC